AUGCUGCUCAAGGUAGCGUAUGCACUCCUGGCACUCCAGGCAAGUGCUGUCCAUUCAUUUGCGAUCGGAGAUGAGACUUUCGACUAUGUCGUUGUUGGUGGAGGUACCGGCGGCAGCGUCAUUGCGACACGUCUCGCACAACAUUCUUUCAGGGUCGCAUUGAUCGAAGCUGGAGGCUUGUACGAGUUCGAGUCUCUGGCGGCUGUCCCUGCAGCCGAUGUGCUUCCCGUGGGAUCGGAUCCCAAUACACAGGCCGCAGUGGACUGGGGAUUCGUGACGAGGGGGCAACCUGGUGCAAAUGGGCGGGCGAUACAUUUUGCUCGAGGCAAAUGUUUAGGAGGAUCUUCUGCUUUGAACUUUAUGAUUUAUCAACGACCGACUCGAGAUUCAAUGCAAGAAUGGGCAGACGCUGUCAACGAUCAAAGCUACACCUUCGACAACGUUCUUCCCUUCUACAAACGUAGCACACACUUCACAGCCCCAAAUACCAAGCUUCGAGCUUCCAACGCCACGACGGAAUACAAUGCCGAUGCAUUCGACUCCAACGGCGGCCCUCUCCAGGUAUCAUACUCGAACUAUGCCCAACCCUUCUCGUCCUGGAUGAACCUCGGCAUGCAGGCAAUUGGCAUCAACGAGACACAGGACUUCAACUCGGGUUCUUUAAUGGGAGGACAGUAUUGCUCGUCUACAAUCGAUCCAUCAAGUGAGCUUCGCAGUAGCUCCCAGGCGUCCUUUCUGACAGCUAUCAAGCCUUUGACCCUCAAGACGUACUCACAAACACUCGCGAAGAAGAUCGUGUUCAAUGAACAGGAUAGAGCCACAGGCGUGCAAGUUAAGGGCAUCUUCGGCAAUACCUUCACUCUUUCAGCCUCGAAGGAGGUUAUAGUCUCUGCUGGUGCAUUCCAGUCUCCGCAACUACUGAUGGUAUCCGGUGUCGGUCCCGCAGAUGAGCUGAAACAGUACGACAUUGCUGUAGUUGCCGACCGGCCUGGUGUCGGGCAAAACAUGUGGGACCAUCCAUUUUUCGCGCCUUCAUAUCGGGUGCAGGUCGACACCGUUACUAAAAUCACGAGAAACCUCAUAUACGCGGCCGGCCAGCUUUUGAACGGGGUAGCAGAGAAGUCUGGCCCCUUGACAAACCCGGUCGCCGAUUAUCUAGCCUGGGAGAAGAUCCCACAGGCCCUACGCUCCAAGUUCACUCAGGGCUCUCAAAAGGCUUUAUCUAAUUUCCCAUCGGACUGGCCCGAAGUUGAGUACAUCUCUGGCGCGGGUUAUAUCGGCAAUGUCUCCAAUUUGCUCUCUGACCAGCCAAAGGACGGAUACCAGUACGCCUCCAUCUUGGGCGUUCUGGUCGCGCCCUUAUCGCGAGGCAAUAUCACCAUCAAAUCUUCCAGCACUGAUGACCUGCCUAUCAUUAACCCUAACUGGCUCGAUGAUCCAGCUGACCAGGAAGUCGCCAUCGCCAUAUUCAAGAGAAUGCGCGCGGCCUUCCAAAGUGAUGCAAUGGCACCUGUGAUCAUCGGAGAAGAAUACUACCCCGGCGUCAAAGUCCAAAGUGAUAGUGAUAUCCUGCAGUUCAUCAAAAACAACGUAAUGACGCUUUGGCACCCGGCUUGUACCUGCAAGAUGGGCAAGUCUGACGAUGACAUGGCUGUGGUGGACGCUCAGGCACGCGUAUACGGCGUACAGGGACUCCGUGUUGUGGACGCAAGCGCAUUCCCAUUCCUCCCGCCUGGUCAUCCCCAGUCGACCGUUUAUAUGCUUGCCGAGAAGAUCUCGGAUGCGAUUAUCAACAGUUCUUAG